CAUGGAAGAUGAACCACCCAGUUAUGACGUUGCAGUUGGACAGAAUGUCAAUAGAAAUGCUCGUAAUAAUCAGCCAGAUGGUCCAAAUCCUUUUAUCUCUUACGUCGACCUUAUUCCAGCUUGUACGUAUAGUGCAAGGAAAUUUAAAUCUGCAAAAUUUGAAAGAUUCAAAAAAGCGAAUCAUUGGUUAAGAAUUAAUAGCGAUCUUGCGGUUGUUGGUUGCGAAACUAUUGCAGUUGUAAAAAAUGAUAAAGAUAAUUGUGGAUUAGAAUUAAAUUCAAAAUUAACAACAAUGAUGGCCUAUCACGUAACAGAUCCUUUUCAAUGCCCGCAUAGAGAAUACUACGAAUUAAAUAUCGUCAAGUGUUUACGAUUAUAUGUACAAUUGAAGUCUAAAGAAGACCCUCCAGAGCCUCAUCAAAUUGGUUAUAUAGACUUUAUUCCCAAAAUCAUUAGUCUUCAUAAUAUCUUUUCUGGUCCAAAAUUUGAAAGUUAUGACAGUUCUCUAAAAAAAUUCAAUGAAUUCCUCAAAGACCAUCCAAUAGGUGGAAAAAUCCUAAGUAUAGAAACAGUUGCCUCAAAUAGAGUAGAAAAUUCGGAAAAUACUGAUGAAUCUAAAUUAAGUGAAAAUUCUGAAAAGCCUAAAUUGAGUACAAUGUUCUUUCGAGUUUUUUAUCUCCAUGGAUAUUCAUUACACGAAACUAUAGGUUCCAAAGAUUUCAUACCAAGAAUACUAGAGAUUGACAAAGAAUCUCGAUUUUGUAAAUUCGAGAAUUUAUCUUCAACAAUGGCAAGAGUUCAAGAUUGGAUGUAUUGGGAAAAUUCUCUAAGAGUUACCAAUAUUCAAACGAUAAACGUCUGUCAUAAAAAAGCUCAAAAAUCUAAUAUCACUGAAAGAAUUGAUUAUUUAAGAUCAAAAUACUCUUUGGGUUAUUAUUUUAGGAUAAUUCGGGUUUACUACGUUACAAGGCAAGAAGGAUCUAUUGAAAGACCUUUUAAUUUAACGUAUAAGACAUUCGUCCCUCCAGUUUUAUUAAAAAAGAGAAAUGGCUGUUCGUAUUACGAACCAACGAAUCUAUUUUUUAAUAGAGAAAUUGCACCUUUCAUUAGAUUUAAUUCUCCGUCUAAAGUGAUAAACUACGAAGUAGUACCUUAUUUUUACAAGAUAAAAACUGAACAAAUGGUCUCAUUAACAAAUUUACAGCACGUGUAUGUAUUAUGUAUAAGGGUUUACUUUGAUGGUCCUAUUGAAGAACCACCAAAAGGAUUUAUAGAACCUCCUGCCAGUCCUGCAAGUCUUUGUAAAAAUUGUGUCAUUCUAUGA